AUGUCCAAACGAUCAAGAAGUCGUUCGCGGACGCCCUCUCCAGUACGCCCAAGGACCUCAACUCCCAGCACCGCCGGCAUGCCACAGGAACGCAAUAAGAUCCUUCAUUGGGAGCAAGAUUACGCCGAGGUCAUGCAUUGUGAGCUUCCACCGCAUCGGGAGACGCUGUCGUUCGCAUCGUACGAGGAUUAUGAGGUACAUUACCUCCAGGCCCAUGUCAAUCGUUGCUCUGAAUGUAGCAAGAACUUUCCCACGGGUCAUUUCUUGAAUCUACAUAUCGAAGAGAAUCAUGAUGCCCUGGCCGCAGCGAGGCGAGCGCGCGGGGAGAAAACUUAUGGCUGCUUUAUUGAGGACUGCGAGCGGAAAUGCUCGACUCCCCAGAAGCGAAGACUCCAUUUGAUAGACAAGCAUAUGUUUCCUCGGAUGAGAUUCAAGGGCUAUAAUUUCUAUAUUGUAAAUGACGGUUUAGAUCGGCAGACCUCCCUGUUACGUCCGCUGAAUAGCAGCAGGCGACGCCUUUCAACUGCGUCCGUCUCAUCUACUCAUGAGGGAAGACUGCGCCGUCGCAGCUCAGCGUCACAAUCGAACCCCCCGGCGACUAUUCCUCAAGAAGAAAAGGAUGACAUGGAGAUCGUUGAAUUAGAACGCUCCAUGUCAGCACUCCGAUUUGUGCCCGCAAGCGUGGCGAGAAACUGCGCAAAGGCGCCCCCAAAAGUUCCUAAAAGCGCUGGGGAUAGUUGA